AUGGAACACUUGGCCAAGCUCUUCAUGCUCAGAAUCAACAAUCCAUACGUGGCCGAAGACGACAAGAAGUACUUUGGGAUGGGGGCCUCCUUUGGGAAGAACUACCUGCCUCCCGUGAAUAUCCCCGACGACAUUGCCCCGCCCCUCUCCGACCACGACCACUCCGACCAAGGCAGCAUCAACGAGUCAUACCACUAUCCCCGCCAGAGCCGCCCGACCUCGGUCUUUGACCGCCUCAGCGCUCCCCGACACCGGACACCACUUGCGCUCGAUGGCGAGGACCCGUGUGCGCCGCAUCCGCCGUUCGGGCCUCCUCCCGACUCGGCUUUCUUUGAGCGCAUGAGCCGACCAAAGACCGUGGUGCGGGAGGCAUCGCCAAAGACGCCGCAUCGGCGGCACAUCAAGAUCCCAGACAAUGUCACGAUCGACAAGCUGAGCCAGCCCAAGAAGGUCCCGGCACAGCCGAUCCACCCCGAGAUUCUGGUGGGAAUGAAGAUGUGUGGGCACGGCAAGAAGGUCCCGCUGGAGUCGUUUGAGCGGCUGUCGGCGCCUCGGCGGCCGGUGGUGCUUCCCAAGGAACGGCGCUAUCAUCCGCACUACCAGAGUCAUCGACCUCCAGAGAAGCGCCACCGGAGCAAAAAACAAACUAACACGGUUCACAAUGGGCAAAACGAGAUCGACAAUGUCCUCAACAUUGAAAGAACUGUUCUCCAGCACGAGCAGGUCCGUGAUCUACCGACAAACGAAAGCCGCGAUGUAUCUGAUCAGCAGACUUCCGUGACCCAAGACACAGCCGUUACCAACUUUGACACCAAAUCCGGUGCUGGUGAAUCAAUACCCAAACCGGUUGAUACCCCUCGUCAAAACCAGGCGCCCCCGUCUCGCUCGGAACGCAGACCAAGCGUUUUGUCAAAGCAGCCAUCUCGCGUUUCCAAAGAUCAGGACUUGGCCCGGCCUGUUCAGCAAACGACCAAGGAUAGCAAAGAGGGGCCUGAAGCCGGACCACCUCUGAAGAGACGAUCGUCGCUCUCAAACGAGAGCCCCAGUGUCGGGUCGCGACCCAGCCAGACGUCUGGGCCAGAUAUCAGCAGCUCUGGAGUAUCCAAGCUCGAGCGAAUCGAAUCCAUGGCUGCUUCUUCCGAGUCCAAAGCAAACCACGUUCCUGUAGAACCGGUAACCCGAUCCGAUGGGCCAUUCGCCAAGGAAUCUCCUCCAUCAACCAUCUCAGACUAUGGGUACUAUGGCUAUGCCUUCUACAACAAGCCAAGCUCGCCUGAUAAGAAAGUCAUGCCGCAGUCCAGCCUAUCAUCAGCGUUUGCUGAUGAGGGCAUCACAACAAUAUCCGAUUACGGAUACUAUGGUUACUGCUUCCAGAAUGCUCCGCAGCCCGCCGACGUCCAGAAACAGGUUGCAGUCGCCUCAUCUGCUUCGCCUGGUCCGCUCGAGGAGUAUACUACCAUCUCAGACUACGGAUAUUAUGGAUACUGCUUUCAAAAUCAUCCAAGCGCAUCCGGCGAAUCUGAGACCAUACGAUCCGAGUCUGUUCCUGCUUCAGUGCCCACUUUGACUGCUCCAGCUACUAUCUCGGACUAUGGAUACUAUGGCGCAGCUUUCGUCAACAGGCCACCAUCUGCCAAAUCCAGUGCCCAAACGACACCGUCUGCUCCGUCUGCUCGUUCCAAAGAUGUGACCAUUUCAGACUACGGAUACUAUGGAUACGCUUUCCAUAAUCAUCCAGAGGCUGAUAGCAGCCCGGAUCAUCCAACACAUACCCCUGCAAAACAAUCUACUGUGGACAAGAAGCCGAUGGACGACAGCGCCUCACUCACCGUUUCGGAUUAUGGCUUCUAUGGGUACUGUUUCGUGAACAAGCCAGCAGCGGCACAGUCCGUCUCGAAGCCGUCGCCAACCCACGUCCAGCCCAACUCGACGAUCUCAGACUAUGGCUACUAUGGAUAUGCCUUCUACAACCGACCUGCCACAGCACCCAACGCCUCCACAGCAGCAAAAGGCCAUGAUCUAAAGCAUAAAUCAAAAGAACUCCCAGGGAACACCAUAUCCGACUAUGGCUACUAUGGCUAUGCCUUCCAAAACCGACCACCGUCUGCCCAACCAUUGAGCAAAUCCAUGCCAGCCAAGAUAGAAGCAUCAGGUGCGGCGGUUGUGCAUGAGCCGAGUGAAAAACCAACCGUCUCCGACUAUGGAUACUAUGGAUACUGUUUCGAGAAUCCACUUCGCAAGACCCAGCCGGCCGCAAGUCCUCCGCUGGCUCCACAUGUGUCAGCCAAAGAAGAGUCGCACUAUACCAUAUCGGACUAUGGAUACUACGGACAUGCUUUCCACAACAGGCCGGCAAGUAGUCCCUCAAUCAAGCCAUCCCAGAAGCAUUCCGUGUCCCCUGUUUCCACCGACUCCAAAGCAACCAUAUCGGACUAUGGAUAUUAUGGACAUGCCUUCCACAACCGCCCUCCAAGCCCCAAGAAACCAGCACAGCCUCCCGUCGGGGAUGUCGCGCAGACUAUCUCGGAUUACGGAUACUAUGGUUAUGCUUUCCACAACCGACCGGCCAGCGGUCCAGUGGCCAAGCCACACCACAUACAUCCCAGACCUCCAGUGUCCAAUGAGUUCAAAGGAACCAUAUCAGAUUACGGAUACUAUGGAUACGCCUUCUACAACCGUCCACCAAGCGCCCCUCCUGGAGUGAUCGCCAGCACGACUGAGGCCCAGAACAGUCAAGCACCAGCCAAAAGAGGACGGACUAAGGACGCAGCUGAGGCACUUUCCGAGAGUGCAACAAGUUCGAGUGACCACCAAGCAACCAUAUCGGACUAUGGAUACUACGGCUAUGCCUUCCACAACAGGCCGGCAAGUAGUCCCUCAAUCAAGCCAUCCCAGAAGCAUUCCGUGUUCCCUGUUUCCACCGACUUCAAAGGAACCAUAUCGGACUAUGGAUAUUAUGGACAUGCCUUCCACAACCGCCCUCCAAGCCCCAAGAAACCAGCACAGCCUCCCGUCGGGGAUGUCGCGCAGACUAUCUCGGAUUACGGAUACUAUGGUUAUGCUUUCCACAACCGACCGGCCAGCGGUCCAGUGGCCAGGCCACGUCACAUGGAUCCCAAACCUCCAGUGUCCAAUGAGUUCAAAGGAACCAUAUCAGAUUACGGAUACUACGGAAGGGCAUUCUACAACCGCCCACCAAGCCCAGAUGUGCUGCCUACCAGCUAUACCCACACAGACCCGCCUACUCACACGGUUUCAGACUAUGGAUACUACGGCUAUGCAAGAGUUAACCCUGCAGCUCCAUAUUCACGAGAGAGCGAACCACACCAUGAUUCGACGAUAUCCGACUAUGGCUACUACGGCUACGCCUUCCAAAACCAGGCGCCCGAGGCAUAGUGUGACCAUUUCAAUAAAUCUGCCACUCAG